GCUCCAGCUCGCCCCCUAAUUUCUUGUUGCCUCUCCAGCCCGGCCCCUGCUCUCUCUCUGCCUCUCCAGUGCUAUGAGAGACACAGAAAUCUUCACUUUGCUCGCCCUGGUGAUGCUGGUACAGUGUAAUCAAGUGCCAGUGAAGGACACCCCGCAUGCCCAGGUCCCUGUCAUGUACCCAUGGCGGCCGGUGGCAAGAGGCGAUGGGCUGCAGCGAGUGAAGAGAGCCUGGGUCAUUCCCCCCAUCAGCGUCUCCGAGAACACCCGCAAGAUCCCCCUCCCCUUAGUGCAGAUUAAGUCAGACCAGCUGAUCCCCGGGGAGGUGAUUUACAGUAUUAAAGGCCCUGGUGUAGAUGAGGAGCCCAGAGGGAUAUUCACCAUUGACGCUGACUCGGGGCAGGUGCUGCUGAUGACGGUGCUGGAUCGCGAGGAGAAAUCCAGUUAUAAGAUUAAAGCUUACGCUGUGAAUAUGUCGGGGAAUCCCCUUGAGGAUCCCACCGACCUGGAGAUCAUUGUCAUUGAUCAGAACGAUAACAGGCCCGUCUUUGACCAGCAGCACUUCAUUGGCCAUGUCCUGGAGGGAUCUCCCCCUGGAACUCUGGUGAUGCAGAUCGCUGCCUCUGACGCUGAUGACCCUCAGACAGACAACGCCGCGUUGCAGUUCUCCAUCCUCGGCCAUAGCAAAGGCCUCUUCCGUAUCGACCCCGUCACUGGGGAAAUCCGCACUGUGGGGGUGGGGCUAGACCGAGAGACCAUCUCCACAUAUAACCUGACGCUGCAGGUCGCUGACCUCUCUGGGGUCGGCCUCGCCAACACAGCCAGCGCCAUCAUCUUCAUCACUGACCUCAACGACAAUGCCCCACACUUCACUGCCAGCGAGUUUGCUGUGGCAGUGACUGAGGACACAGUGGGACAGGAGGUGGGCAGAGUUAGUGUGGAGGACAAGGAUGAGGCUGGGACCAGGAACUGGCUGGCAAACUACACCAUCGUCAGCGGCAACCAGGAUGGGCAUUUCAGCAUCAGCACCGACCCCCACACCAACCAGGGUAUCGUCUUGGUGGAGAAGAGCCUGGAUUACGAAGCCGUGGCCGACUAUAGCCUGACUGUGACGGUGCAGAACUGGGCAGAACUGUGGGCUGGAGCCUCACCAUCAAGUCAGCCCUCGGCCAGGGUCAUCAUCACGAUCACAGACGUAAACGAGCCCCCCCGCUUUCAGGACGACCCCCGCAACCUGCUGGUCCCCGAGGGAUCAACAGCAGGAACCGUCCUGACUGUAUACACAGUGACUGACCCUGACAGAGAACAACAGCACAACAUCAGUUACAGUAUUCAGUAUGACCCGGCUGACUGGUUGCUGGUUGAUCCUGAGACAGGUGAAGUUGUUCUGCGGCAGGUGGUGCUGCGCAGCUCCCCGUACCUGCGGCACAACCGCUACACGGCGAUCAUCGCCGCCGUCGACCACGGCUUCCCCCCGCACACGGUGAUUGGGACUCUGAACAUACACAUCACCGAAGUGAAUGACUUUCCGCCGCUGCUGUUCCCCGGAGCGGGAACCCUGUGCCGCGGGACUGGCGCGGGCGCUGGAAUGCUGAUCUGGGCCACGGAUCAGGAUCAGGAGCCGCACGCGGAGCCCUUCCACUUCCAGUUACUUCCUGACUCGGAACCACUGCACAACUGGACGAUCACAGCGCUCAACGACACACACGCCGUGCUGGGGAUGCUGAGUGCUAUGCCUGAAGGGUUUUACCAGGUGGGGGUGAGAGUCAGUGACUCGGGGGAGCCAUGCCAGGAGUUCGAACAGAGCCUGAAUGUGACGGUGUGUGUCUGUGGGGACAGAGGCCGCUGUGAAGCCAUCGCUGCCGCUUUCCAUGGCUCCCAUGUGGGCGUCAGCCUGGGGGCCGCCAUCAUCAUCCUCACCAGCUUCUUUCUGCUGUUCUUGAUGGUGAUGGUCAGCCUGUGCUGGAACGGGCGACGGGGACACAAGGCGUUGCUGAGCGACUCUGACAGUGACAUCAGAGACAAUGUCUUAAACUACGAUGAGCAGGGCGGCGGCGAGGAGGACCAGGAAGCCUACAAUCUGGAGCAGCUGCGGGACCCGGACAGAGUGUUCCCAGCUCCCGCUAGAGGGAAGCCCCCUCUCCGCAGGGAUGCUCCCUACAACCACAGCCCCGCAGUGUACCCCCGCAGGCCACCCGCUGAUCCCAGCGAUAUAGAGGAUUUCAUCAAUGGGGGAUUGGAUGCUGCUGACAAUGACCCCAACGCCCCUCCCUAUGACAUGGCUCUGAUCUAUGACUAUGAGGGUGAGGGCUCUGUGGCUGGGACCCUCAGCUCCCUCGCCUCCGCCUCCGCCGAGGACCAGCAUGAUUACGAUUACCUGAAUGACUGGGGCCCUCGCUUCAGGAAGCUGGCCGACAUGUAUGGAGAACACUAAUGCCCGCUCCCGGGCUGAUUCCCAAUAGCAAUGCAAACUCUCAUCCUGAACUCUGACCCUAUCCCAAGCCUGGACACUGCUUGUGACUGUAGUCAGCCUGCUCGGGGGGUGGGUGGGUGGCUGUGUCUGCUCUAAAGGGUCGGCUUAUGGGGAUGGAUAUUGGGGUUUGCUGUUUAUAGGCAGGGGAGAGAGAGAGAGAGGGAAUGUGGGAGACAGAGAAAGAGGAAUAUGGGAGAGAGAGAAAUGUGGGAGAUGGAUAGAGAAAUGUGGAAGAGAGAAAGGGAAUGUGGGAGACAAAGAGGAAUAUGGGAGAGAAUGUGGGAGAUGGAAAGAGAAAUGUGGGAGAGGGGGAAUGUGGGAGAUGGAGAGGAAUGAGAGAAAGAGGGGAUGUGAGUGUACAGAUGCACAAUGUACACAAUAUAUUAGUUGUAAAUUAUGCAGAAAGUACUGGGAAGAAUGUGCACAAUUCACUCACACAUUCAAUGUUUCACACCAACUGGGUUUAUAUGCAGUGUCUUUCAGCCCAGGUAUAUACUCAGUGUGUAAUGGGGUUUGGGUGUAUAUUCAGAGUGUAACGGGGUCUGGGUGUAUAUUCAGAGUGUAACGGGGUCUGGGUGUAUAUUCAGAGUGUAACGGGGUCUGGGUGUAUAUUCAGAGUGUAACAGGGUCUGGGUGUAUAUUCAGAGUGUAACGGGGUCUGGGUGUAUGUUCAGAGUGUAACGGGGUCUGGUGUAUAUUCAGAGUGUAACAGGCUCUGAGUGUAUAUUUCAGUGUCUUGCAGCCCUGAGUGUAUAUUCAUGAGUUUUUUUAAUGCAUUGAGAUUUUUGAACAUUUGCUGAUAUUUCUGUGCAAGUUUCAUUCAACUUUAAUCAUUAAAAAGCUGGAAUCUU